AUGCUCGUCGCCCGUGCCCAGACCUGUACGCAGUGCAAUCACAGCGUCUGGAGGCCUGUUAACUGGGGUAAGGAGAAAAUCAAUACCCCGCCGCCCCUUAGACCUGGUGAUCUCUCCGUCAUCCUGCCGCUGAACCCGUAUCGGCCUAAGUUCCAUGCCCGCAUGUCGUAUAUCUACGUGGGGGACAUAGGGGAAUACAUAACGGUUGCCGACUGGUCCUCUAGGGUCAAAGCCCGUGUUGUGAGGGUCCUUGAUGACAACCUCAACUUGUCGGAGCAGGGCCUGAAACGGGCAUCCGAGACGGUGUACUGGAUAACCCGUUCAGAGGCGCGGCACACACCCGCGAGCUCACCGGAGAUGUUCUACAGUGACUACGAGCAGUUCCACUUGGCGACCUUCCACGCGGCGCAAGGCCGCCGGCGCUAUUCCUCCCCUCCAGGCUCCUGGCUCUCUCCUGGAACUCCCACCCUCGACAUUCGUUCUCUCCGGCUCGGGUCUGACAAAAUCAACUCGAAGUCCUACGGCUCCAGCGAUCCGUACACCAGCUCCACGACUGGGGACUUGCGCAACGGACGUGCAAGUUCAGCGCUGAGCGACAAGGCCAUGCAGGAGGAGACAACCACGAAUGAGGGAUAG